AUGAAUAAAACUAAUAACAGUAUAAAAGAUUUACAACUUAGACUUCUCAUUUGUGAAUCUGAAAAAUAAGUAGCUCUAUAAAAGUUAAAUGAUAUCAAACGUAAUGAAAGAACUAAACCUAGUUAAUCCUUUUUUGCAUUAUCUAAAGAUGAAGCUAAAAGAAAGGACAAAGUAGGAAAAUUGUUAAUAGACUUAAUGAAUUUGAUUUCUACUAAUAAUUCUUUAUAGUGUAUGCUUUAAAUAAACUCUUUAGAGAGUAUGAUGAAAAUCUUUGAUCAAGGAAAAUGUUACAAACUUCUUAAGAAAAUUAUCAAACCAUUUAUUUUAUUAAUUACCUAUUUACUAAAUACAAAUAUAACAGAAUCUUUGAGUGCUAGAAGUGAAAAUUAAACUCUUUAACAUCUUACUAAUUAUAAUUCAGUUUAAACUGGAAUUCAAACACCAAUGUCAUAAGUGAUAACAAUCAAUACUAAUAAUAUGCAUAAUCAUAAAACUUCAUUUCCAAGUUCCAUUGCUUUUAAACCUCCAAGUGAAACUACAACACCUGAGAAAAGUGUAAAGUAGGUUCCCAUUACAUAACCAUAAUAAAAAUAAACAAUAUCACAUCAUAAAGGAAUAGGGAAAACAUAAAAACCUAUAUCAAGAAGGACAGCAACUAGUAAGUUAAAUACUUGUGGAGAUUGAG